UCGAGGAGGAGGCGGUGUGGGAAUCGUCUCGCGCUUCUCCCCGCGUCGUGUCUGCCGGGCCGGGAAGUCGGAGAGGGCGAAUUCUCCUCUUUUCCUCUUCUUCCUCUUCUUCGUCUCCUUCCUCCUUCUCCUCCCUGACAGCCGCCUAGCGCCUCAAGCUUUGUAGACAGCCACCUUCUCACUGGAGCUUCUCCACCGCCCCGGGAAGUAGGUGCCCUUAUCAUCCCCUUGUCACAGUCUUCUGACCUUGUCCAGAAGACGUUUGUCACAGAAGAUGAAGCAGGAUUCCUCUCGAAAUGCUGCCUACACUGUGGAUUGUGAGGAUUAUGUUCACGUGGUGGAAUUUAAUCCCUUUGAGUGUGGUGAUGCAGGAACCUUAAUUGCGUAUGGUGGCAAUAAUUAUGUGGUCGUUGGCACUUGUACCUUUCAGGAGGAGGAAGCAGAAGUAGAAGGGAUCCAGUAUAGAACCCUAAGAACGUUUCAUCACGGGCUCAGAGUUGACGCCAUUGCAUGGAGCCCAGAGACCAGGCUCGAUACUUUGCCUCCAGUGAUCAAAUUUUGUACUGCAGCUGCUGAUAAGAAAUUGAGACUAUUCACUUCAGAUCUUCAGGAUAAAAACGAAUAUAAGAUUUUAGCUGGUCAUUCAGAUUACAUAAAUGAUUUGGUGUUUUCCCCCAAAGAAGGCCAAGAAAUUGCAAGUGUGAGUGAUGAUCAUACAUGCAGGGUCUGGGACUUAGAAGGGAAUCAGAAAGCUCAUUUUGUUCUCCGUUCUCCCGGAAUGAGUGUCUGCUGGCAUCCUGAGGAAGCUUGUAAGUUGAUGGUUGCAGAGAAGAAUGGAACAAUCAGAUUCUAUGACCUCAUUACUCAGCAAGCUAUCCUGUCUCUUGAAUCGGAACAGAUGCCAUUAAUGUCAGCACACUGGUGUUUAAGAAACACCUUCAAAGUUGGAGCUGUUGCAGGAAAUGAUUGGUUAAUCUGGGAUAUUACUCGGUCGAGUUAUCCUCAGGACAAGAGACCUGUUCAUAUGGAUCGAGCCCACUUAUUCAGGUGGUCAACAGUUAAUGAAAACCUAUUUGCAACCACUGGCUACCCUGGCAAAAUGACGGCUCAACUUCUUAUUCAUCAUUUGGGGCACCCGCAGCCCAUCCUCAUUGGUUCUGCAGCUGUGGGAUCUGGUCUGUCCUGGCACAGGACUCUCCCUCUUUGUGCAAUGGGAGGUGAUCACAAGUUACUGUUUUGGGUGACCGAGAUGUAAAACAAAUACCUUCCUUGGACACUAAGUUCUCAAACUAUAUUUUUAAUAAAUAUUUUGGUCAGAA